ACUGGGGCUGUGCGACGUCACAGCAAAGUUUGCACAGAUCCAAGAUGGCGGAGGACAGCGGACCGAGGAAUCGGCAUUUCUCAGCGACGAACCGUAAAUGCCACAACUUUGCUGAAGAUAUGACCGGUGUGGAAGAUGUUCCAUUGUGCCGCCCCGUUGAGGCGUUGAGCUCACUGGAGGAGUUCAGCUCUGAUACUAAUGGAGUGGCACCGUGUGCUGCAGCAGAAGAGCUUGAGCCGGAGGAGGACCCAGUUCCUGAGGGGGCUCGCCCUAUCCAAAUUGUGAUUGCGAAUGAGGAUGAUCAUAAGUUUGAGUUGGAUGCCACUGCGUUGGAAAAAAUCCUGAUGCAGGAACAUUUGAAGGAUCUCAACGUGGUUGUGGUGUCUGUGGCCGGUGCCUUUCGCAAGGGGAAGUCCUUCCUGCUGGACUUCAUGCUGCGUUACAUGCAUAAUCAGUCAUCUGAGUCAUGGAUGGGAGGAGACGAUGAGCCACUGACUGGUUUCUCCUGGAGGGGAGGCUGUGAGAGAGAGACCACGGGAAUCCAGGCCUGGAGUGAGGUGUUUGUUGUGGAAAAGGAAGACGGAACUAAGGUGGCUGUUCUGCUGGUGGACACUCAGGGAGCCUUUGACAGUCAGUCCACCAUCAAAGACUGUGCCACAGUUUUUGCUCUGAGCACCAUGACCAGCUCUGUGCAGGUUUAUAAUCUUUCUCAGAAUAUCCAAGAAGAUGAUUUGCAGCAUCUCCAGCUGUUCACAGAAUAUGGUCGACUUGCAAUGGAGGAGAUAUAUGAGAAACCAUUUCAGAAACUAUUGUUUCUGAUCAGAGACUGGUGUUACCCAUACGAGCAUGACUAUGGGCUCAAAGGAGGGAAUCACUUUUUGGAACGGAGACUACAGGUGAAGCAGAAUCAACACGAAGAGCUGCAGAACGUUAGGAAACAUAUUCACAGCUGUUUCUCCAGCUUAGGCUGCUUUCUGCUGCCACAUCCAGGUCUGAAGGUGGCCACCAACCCUCACUUUGAUGGCAGACUGAGAGACAUUAAUGAUGAGUUCAAGAAGCAGCUGCAGAAUCUAGUGCCUUUACUGCUGGCACCAGAGAACCUGGUAGAGAAAGAGAUCGGUGGAGCUAAAGUCACGUGCAGAGACCUGCUGGAGUAUUUCAAGGCAUAUAUUAAAAUCUAUCAAGGGGAGGAGCUUCCACAUCCUAAAUCCAUGUUGCAGGCAACUGCUGAAGCGAACAACCUGACAGCUGUCGGUGGAGCGAAAGACACUUAUAACAGAACCAUGGAGCAGGUAUGUGGAGGUGACAAACCAUACAUCGCCCCUGUUGACCUUCAGCGCUAUCACGAAGAGUUUAAGAAAACCUCCUUGCAACAGUUUUGCGCGGUGAAGAAAAUGGGCGGCGUGGAGUUCAGUCAGCGCUACCAGCAGCAGUUAGAGACUGAGCUGGAUGAAGUGUACAUGAAUUUCGUGAAACACAAUGAAAGCAAGAACAUUUUCUAUGCAGCCAGAACUCCGGCCACCCUGUUUGCCGUCAUGUUUGUUACCUAUAUGGUCUCCACAGUAGCAGGUUUCAUUGGGCUAUCAGUGAUCGCGGCUCUGGCCAGUCUGGUGAUGGGGGUGUCGCUGCUGUCGUUGUGUGCCUGGGCAUAUGUCAGAUACUCGGGAGAGUAUCGAGAAGUGGGUGUGGCGAUAGACCUCAUAGCAGAGGCCCUGUGGGAACAGGUGCUGAAGCCACUAACUGAGCAAUACAUGGAAGAAAAUGUCCGACAGACUGUUGUGAACUCUAUAAGAGCCACACUAACAAAUCAGGUGACACAAGCUACAAAGUUGAAGACCAACUGACAGUUUGCUAUGCCUUAUCUGCCCCGUGUUUGAACAAUCACUGCUUUUAUGUUUUGUAGUUUCUGUGAUGUUUGGUCAUGUAGACUCUAACCAAAGUUUACAGCAUACUUUACCCUGACCAGUAUACACACCGACAUGCUGACUGACACUGUAACAGCAACGGACAUCAGUACAAAUGCUCAUAAAUUCAGGUUUAAUCAUCAGGUAUACAUGCAGCUUUGGAUUUCUCUUGGUUUGAGGGAUUAUUCAGGGAAGCACUACAAAUGUUUUACAAUCUGAAAGUGAAUUUCAACAGUAGAUGUUUAAUCCCUUAUAUGCUCAACGGUUGAAUUACUGCUCUCAGUGGAUGAUCCGUAGCAUUUUCCAUUUCGCCUUCUAGCACACACUCAGUUACUCGGUGUGAAAACGUUAUAGCAUUUUGCUGGAUUUCUUGUGAGGUAUUUUUAGAGCCUUUAAGGAAUGCUGAAGUUGUAAAUCCAUCCAAGACACCCCUCUAUUGGGCCUCUUUCUGUACAGUGUUGUUUUUGACUAUCAUAGCCUCAUGCAUGUAAAUGAGUGUACAAAUAUCAUCUGUAGAUCGCAAGAGGAUUUAAUGUACAAUGUUUUGAGAUGAGUAUGAAUGUGACGCUGUAUUUGCCUUUUGUUGUACUUCAGAGCACCUUUCAUUGUGCGCAGUCUUCUGACACAAGGGAGUGCUCACGAGAAGACUUGAUUUGUCAGUCUUUUAAGGUUAUGCCAUGUAAUUUUUUUUUUAAACAAUUAAACUAUUUAAAAAUUUGCGUUUCUGGUUCCU